AUGGAGAGCAAAGGGGAAGAGCAUAAAGAUGAGGCUGUUGACUUAAACAAGGUGAUAUCAGACUCAUUAACCUCCUUAAGUUAUCUGCUGGCUGACCAUGGUCGAGAUGACAUCUCUCUUAAUUGUGACGUGCCAAACAGGCAGGAUGAACAUGAAGAUACGAAUCUUGAGCGGACUAUUGGAAACGUUUUGAAUGACUUUUAUCAGUCCAGUUCAGUAAAAAGUGAACUUAUAAAGAACGGCCAGCAUCAUGAGAGUGAAAAUUUUAAGGAACCAGAGCUGGAGGAUUUUGAAGAAAUAGAAUCGCAUCUCGGACCAAAUAAUCUGGACGAAGCUGAUGAACGGCAAGUAAAUGAAUCUGAUUUGGAUUUAGAAGCAGCAAUAAAAAGCGCUUUUGGGGACUCUAUAAGGAGUGAAAUAGAGAGAGGGGAGCAUGAUGGAGAUGAUGGUAACGCCCCUUCCUGCCUGGAUGAAGAGAUGGAUUUGAAUGUGGUUAUCGGGAAUGCUUUCAAUGAUGUUUUAAAAAAAGAGAAUCAAAUAAGCUCAAUAAGCUCAGUGCAUGUCUCUGAUGUCGGUAGUAAAAACAAGGUUCCGGAGAGCUCGGCUGCUCGUAAGGAUAAACCUAAGAUGAAAAGCGAAAUUCAACAUUCCAAUAACUCGGAAAAUGAACAACUUAAUGAGCUGGAACACCAAAAGGGGAAGCAAGAACGUAAUUUACCAAAUGUUGGAACAAAUUUAUUAGAAAUUGAAGGAGAGGAUAAAAUUAUACAAGGUCAUCAGCUGAUUGAAGAACAGGACAUUGAACUCGAAAGAGCUAUAGGAGAUGCCUUUAAUGCUAUAGUAGGUACGUCCCAUGAGACAAAUUAUUUGGAAGAUAAUUUGGAAGAUUCUAAGUCCCGUACGAUUCGCGUUGCCUUAGAAAAGGUGAAAGACUUCAAGAAUGAAGAAUUAUCGAGCAAUAGAAGAAUUGGUCCAUCUGAUUUUGCAAAACAAGUGGCAGAGAGGAUUUCCGAGUCAAAUAGUAUAAUUAGACAGGAUGGUCCCAAGAUCUCCAAGGAGAUAUUGCUGACUUUGAUUGCUGAAAUUACAAACCAAGUAGAGGAAGAGCUACUUGGCAACCAUUCAACAGAGAAGAGUAAUCCAAGUGAGUCAAAUCUGAGAAAUGAUGAACAUUCAGAUUGUAGAACAGAAGAAGCUGUUACUGUCUCAUCAAAGCAUGUAUCCGAGAAAAAUAAUUAUGCAUCGACAAGUUUAGAACAUGCUGGGUCUUCUGUGUCACCAGGAAUUAUAAAUCACGAGGCAGAGUUUGAAGAAUCACAGAUGAACGACAUUUUGCAGAACGCCUUCAACAUGGCUAUGGAAAACCCACAAGGUUUGUUGACAAACAUGGAAAUCGAACAUGAAGAUAGCAAGGCUUCUUAUGAACUGCAUGAAGAAGAUGAGGAAGCAUCAAAUAAUUCUACUACCACUCUUAUUCGUCAACUACCUUCGUCUAUUGCUUCUUUCUUGAGUUCUUUGCAACGUUCGAAAGAUAUAGACCUCUCUUUUAAUGAGAAAAACUCUCCAAUUGAUGAUUUGGAACAAGAGUAUGACUCGAAAGCUUCAACGCAUAAUCUGGAGAAAGAUGAUCUCUCUAAAACGGAUGAUGAAUCUUUAUCAAUUGCGGAGACUCUAGCACUUCAUCGGUCAUCUAUGAGCGCACCAAGGAAAAACUACUCCUCCAUCAGAACAUUAGAAGAGCUUCUUAAAUCAGAUCCGUGGAAUACAGAUGGAACUAAAAUCGGACUGGAGCUCUCUAAAGUUCUAUCAACUAUAUCUAACAAAAUUCAUUCUGAUCAGACUGGUUCAGAAAAGAAUGUUUUGCAAGUUAUUAGGAAAAUGACUAAUAUUUUAACGAAGAAGCAGUCUUCCCAAAGGUUUUCCCUUUCACCUGAAGAAAUAAUGUUCAAUUAUGAGAAUGAAGGAGGAAAAGAAACUAUAGUUUCAGCGUUGUGUCAUACGAAAAAGUUCUUACGACAACAACGUAUUCAAUCACAAUAUAUUCCUCAGUCUCUCAUUUUAAUAGACAAAGUCCUUAAUAUGUUAGGCGAGAAGGACCAAAAUGAAAACUCAUCAUAUAUUACUGAAAAUUAUGAAGACGUUGCAAAUGAGCACAUUAUUUCUAUCAGCAACACCAUAAUGUCUACUAUAUCUAAUUUUUUUACUCUAAGAGGAGGCUUUAGUGCAAUACUUGGCAGUGGUCAACCCAAACUGGAUUCCCUUGAAUAUAGAGAGAAAAUUCGACAGAUAAAUCGAGCACGAAAAAAGAGAUGGAGGGUAGUCAACGCCGAACGGAACAAAGACAACGACCUUAGAUCUCGAGUUUUGAAAAGAGCCGCUUUGAUAUUUGGUGAAAAUGAUUCAUCCGAAAAGAAUUUGUGGGUUGAAGAAGAAUAUAAUAUAAGGAAAGGGAGAAGAAUGGCAAAGGAGAAGAAAGAGGAGGAAGAAAAAUUUCAGGCUGGCUCUGAUGCAGAACGCCAAAGGUUUAUACAAGAUAAAGAGAUAGAAUCAUUUUCAAAAGAUCCAAAGUUGGUAAAUCCUCUAAGUGACAUAUUUAAUAUCAUAACAGGCACAUUUAAGUCGGAGAACGUGCUGGCCACUUUAUUGGCAAUAGCUUGCUCUUCUGCUGCGGUUGCCUCUCAUUUUGCGAAACUGAAGAACACUGACUUCAAGCUUGUUGACUCAGCUACAGUAACAAUUAUUUCGUCUUUAUUAGAAGAAAUCAAUUCUGCGGGUGACAUAGAUAGGAUAGCAAGAUUGUCCAGGGGAGUCCCUCCACGUUUCAAAAUUAAUGACCAUCCAUUUUACACUAGUACUUCAAAAACACAAACUUUCGAGGAGAGCUCCUUGCAAGUGCGACAAGACAGGAAUGAAAUAUUAAGUAGACUAUCCACGACGUUCAGGGACAUUUCUCUGGAUUCACCUGAUAUUACACGUUUGGAUAACUGGGAAAAUAUGAACUCAAGAUCCAAAAGGGUAAUUAAUGAUCUAUCGAACAAUUAUAAGAGAUUGAAAUCAUCCGACCUGGAACAGUCUUACAUUCAAAAAGCAGUCAGUGGUUCGCAUCCUGAUCUGAAACCUAAUUUUGCUUUUACGCGUUCACCAAGAUCGAUUCCUUCGACACUUAAAAUGCCCAGUUACAAGCCCCCCGAUUCUAAAAUUUCGGCAGCGAAUCCCAUAUUCAACACAAGAUCAAGCAAAACAACUGAAACUAGACUCUCUCCAUUUAUAUCACAUAAGAUUGGAGGAAUAGAUAUCCUCAAAAAACCAGCACCAGAUAACAAUAUAUCGAGCCCUUCCACGCGUAACUUAAAAAAGCCGGCUAGGUUUCAGCGUCCAACCUACAAGAAGUUUCCAACGAGGAAAAGUUUUGCUUCAUCACAAAUGCAUUCAACUCAGUAG